AAAAUUAUUAGAGUACUUUCUUCAACACUUACCAUUCUUAAAGCUGUACUAUUAACGCAUUCACUCCUUAAUUAUUAUGUACUACGGAAGUUUGUUUAUCUGAAACAGCAGGAAACAGUUUAAAUGUUGCCCCUCUUAGGCAUGAACAAUACUAUCGGUGGUUUUAUAAGCCGUCUGGAAAUUUUAUUUCUUAUAAUAUUAGGUACAUGUGCAAAUAUUCAGGGCGUAUGGGGCAGCAGUUAUUUUACUGCAACGGACGAUUGUACGCUUUCCCGUUUGGCGGUUGCACAUAUGGAUUCAACACCUUUCCAGUCGCAAGCCCUGUCGUUGCAAGCAAUACUUUGUACUUAUGCAACGGAGCAUAUUAUACCUACCCUUUUGGCGGUUGCACGUAUAACACAGUGCAAAGCAAUAUUAUUGCUGGCGCGCCCGUAUCCGUCUUGCCCUUUAGCCCGAUUGUUGCAAAUCCAGCGGCGCAGACCGGAACGCCACAAAUCGCACCGAUUGGAUCCACUAGUGUAACCCCCGGACAAAUAGGUCCCCUGCCUGCUGGAAGUGGAACCAAUCCGUCAAAUCCCACUAACCCUACCAACCCUUCCGGCCCAAUCAACAAUCUUCCCAUCGAUACCGUUAUCCGGCCUGGUAGCAGAGAAGUGGUGGAUUUACUUCCAAAGAUACCGGUUUUACCAAAUGGAAUAUCCCAGAUCGCACCACUAGGAUCAACGGCAGUUACAAACGGGCAAGUUGGACCUUUAUGAAGACCCGGUUGCAAAUGAAAUAUCCCUUUCUGAUCUGAUGUUGCCCUGAGCAUGGCGGAUUUUUGCCGGAAUGUUCAGAAUACCGUAACGAGCUAUUAUCGCGCUGCUGAAUAUCACAAUUUUUUAACUGUGGUUACUUCUAGCAGCUUUCGUAUGUUUUUCUUUCGAUACCCUGUUCGUAAAUGUACAGCAAGAUAAUAUAUAGAGUAGGUAACCGAAAUCGGACUUUCCUUCAUCGUCUUUCAACGUUAACGUCAAGAUGCAAUGUUCCCACACUAAUUUAAUGUUUUUUUACAAAUCUGACUUUAAGAGCAAGCGAGAGUAUAUUCAGUGAAUCACAAAUUUCACAACAUGACAACACCGGUACAAACAUUUCAACAAUGGAAUAUUGUAUUA